AUGCCCGACAAUAAAGCCACCAAAAGACUGAAACAGGUCUCUUCACAUCUGGCCCCCAAGCUCCCCGCGGAUUACAGUGAUGUCCGCGACCAGAUAAACACUCUCCGCGACAUCGCCGCCACUCCAGACCCCAGUCGGCGCGGGUAUGUGCGACAAAAGCAGGCGGGGAAGAUGUGGGUACGCGAGCGACUGGAGCAGCUUCUCGACCGCGACACAUUCACCGAAAUUGGGUCGGUGUCCGGGACGGUGAAGUGGGAGAAGACGGGUCCCAUGCGCGAAAAGCCCGUGUCCUUUGUUCCCAGUAACAAUGUUCAGGGUAUGGGGCGCUUGCGGGGUCGCAAGGUGCUGCUGACGGCGGACGAUUUCUCGCUACGGAGCGGGCAUGCCGACGGCUCGACGGCGGGCAAAACCAUCUACGUGGAGAAGCUGGCCCUCGCACUCAAGCUGCCAGUGGUCAAGCUGGUAGACGGCAGCUCGGGUGGAGGCAGUGUGACGACAAUCGCCAAAGCAGGCUGGAGCUAUCUCCCGUACGUGCCGAUGUAUAAGCAGGUCGUGGAGCAGCUGAACCAGGGAAUACCCAAUCUCGGCGCGGUCGUGGGCCCUGCCAUUGGCUUGGGGGCUGCCCGCGUUGUCUCGUGCCACUUUUCUGUCAUGGCGGCGGAUAUUGGGGCGCUCUUCAACGCAGGCCCUGAGGUAGUCAAGGGGGCGACGUUUGAGGAGGGACUGGACUUUCAGGACCUGGGCGGACCGAUGAUUCACUGCACAAACGGGACAAUUGACAAUAUGGCUGCCAACGAAGCCGAGUGUUACGAGCAGCUGCGCACGGUGCUGAGCUACCUGCCGAACCACGGCAAGGAGGCCCCGCCAGUCAUUGCGUGUGAAGAUCCCCCAGACCGCGAGGACGAAUCGUUGCGCAAGAUCAUCCCCCGCCGGCAAACACGGAUGUACAACCCCUGGACGAUUAUCAAGAGCGUGGUGGACCACGACUCGUGGUUCGAAAUUGGAGCACUCUGGGGCCGCACCGCCAUCGGGGGCCUGGCGCGGCUGGGCGGCCGUCCAGUUGGCAUCAUCUCCUUGAACUGCGAGGUCAAUGGCGGAGCGCUGGACGCGGCGGGGAGUCAGAAGCUAGCGCGGUUGCUGAAACUCUGCGAUGUGAUGAACCUGCCAGUGCUGCAAUUUAUCGACGUCCCCGGCUAUGCCAUUGGCACCGUCGCUGAGCGAACGGCUACCAUGCGCUGGGGCGUCGAACUGGCCAAGGCCUACUUCGCGACGACCACGCCGCUAUUCAACGUCAUCACGCGCCGGGCGUACGGCGUCGCCGGAGGCAUCAUGCUCGGUGCGCGCGAUCCUGUCAUGCAGGUCGCCUGGCCAUCCGGACAGUGGGGGUCCCUGCCGCUGGAAGGAGGGAUCGAAGUCGCGCAUCGACACGAGCUGCGCGAGGCCGAGAAGGUCGGCAACAAGGCGGAGCGGUACCAGGAGCUGGAGGAGGAGUAUCGCCGGAUGAUGAACCCAGUGCGCACGGCGAACGCCUUUGGAGUGGAGGAGAUCAUCGACCCCAAGGACACGCGGAGUGUAUGUUGCGCGUGGGCGCGUCAUAUGUACGAAGCGCUGAUGCCGGAGCGGCUGGCGGAUCGCGCGACUGGGAAAAUCCGCCCGGUGUUUACUUGA